AGUUAUGGUGGAUGGUGUGUAGGCCCAACCACACCUCACUGUACAGAUGAUGUCUGAUGAACCUUCUCACUCACACACAUACACACACACGCACAUGCACAUAUAAUAAGUUGUGUCUUUCAAGUUUCAGAAGAACAAGGCUCCUCUUAUCCAACGGUCAUAACUCAUUAUUCACAUCCAACUCCACUUCUUCUUCUUCUUCUUCUUCCAAAACAUGUCUCAGAAGCCAAAGCAUCUGUCUUUAGUUAUGGCUUCACUUGUAAUUGUUUUGCCCACUUUAUUAUCUUCAUCAGCAGAGUCCAAGACUUAUUGGGGAGAUGUGGCAGCUCUCAAAGACUUCAAAAACUCAGUAGAUGCCAAAUCCAUGAGUCCAGGCUCUUGUCUUAGUAGCUGGGACUUCUCCGUUGAUCCCUGCGACAAUGUGUUCAGCGACACAUUCACUUGCGGGCUCCGCUGCGUAUCGGGUCGGGUCACGGAGCUUAGUUUUGACCAAGCCGGAUACUCCGGCUCUCUCUCUUCCUUCUCCUUCAACCUCCCUUAUCUACAAACCCUCGAUCUCACCGGCAACUACUUCUCCGGUCAACUCCCCGACUCUCUCUCCAAUCUCACUCGUCUCACCCGACUCGCCGUUUCCGGUAACUCCUUCUCAGGAUCCAUACCCAAUUCGCUCGGGUCAAUGUCCCUUCUCGAGGAGCUUCUCCUCGACAACAACCGCCUCAACGGCUCUGUUCCGGCGAGUUUUAACGGUCUUUCCAGCUUAAAACGGUUAGAGAUCCAGGUCAACAACAUCUCCGGCGAAUUCCCCGAUCUGAGCUCGCUUAAAAACCUGUAUUACCUCGACGCUAGCGAUAACCGUAUCUCGGGUCGGAUCCCCACAUCGUUACCGGACUCUCUGGUCCAAAUCUCAAUGAGAAACAACCUCCUCCAUGGAACAAUCCCUCAAAGUUUCAAACUUUACAACUCUCUCCAAGUGAUUGAUCUUACCCACAACAAACUCAGCGGCUCAAUCCCAUCUUUCAUCUUCACUCAUCAGUCUCUGCAGCAGCUAGCGCUCUCCUUCAAUGGCUUCACCUCUUUAGAGUCACCUUACUAUUCCCCUUUGAGUCUCAACAGCGAGCUCAUAUCCAUCGAUCUCAGCAACAACAGGAUCCAAGGCGUGUUACCUCUGUUCUUGGGUCUAUCACCAAAGCUCUCAGCUUUGUCCUUAGAGAACAACAACUUCUUUGGUAUGAUUCCAACCCAAUACGUCUGGAAAACCGUAUCGCCCGGAUCCGAAUUCUCCGGGUUUCAGAGACUCUUACUAGGCGGGAAUUUCUUAUUCGGAGUUGUACCGGGUCCUUUGUUGGCGCUUAAGCCUGGCUCAGCGAACGUCCAGCUCGCCGGAAACUGCUUCUCCUGGUGCCCGGCGACCUUGUUCUUCUGCCAAGGGGAAGAGCAGAGAUCUCCUACGGAAUGUAGAAAGUUUAGCCGUGUUAUUCCAUGAUCUUCCUCAUUUCUUGUUUUAUAUCUUAGUAGGGUUUCUCCUGCACCAUUCUCUUUAUCUCAUGAAGAGUGCAAUAACCAUGGUUCUUAAGAUCAAUAACCAUGGAGGCUUGGCCUUUCUAUUACUGAGUAAAGUUUCAAACCACUGAAUUCUCAUUUUUGUACCGUUUGCACAACUAGUUCGCGGCUUGUUCCAUUAUGGCUUUGACUAGGGAAGAAUAAAUGGUUAAGACAUUGAUGUUAAGUGUCUUUACUCGAUCUCUGCGAGUAAAUAUGCCUUUAGCAGAGUUGGUACUGGAUACUUGGAAAACUCCCAUGUGUACGUAAUUAUGGCCUUCUGAGUACACUGAAACUCUAUUGCUGCUAUAUGUAAUAUUGCUACAUUAUGUUUGAUAACUCACUGAUA